AUGCCUUCAUUAGACUACUUUUUGGAACGCACAAGAGGCCUGUGCGAGUCCCUAAACCUGCUCCAGUUCAAGCGCACAGGCAUAUUUACAAAUGCAUUUAAUCGUGGUGCUCCAAUUACACGUUUACUAAAAGAUUCGGCACCUGAAGAAUACGCGUUGUACAAAAUACAUCGCAAAAAUCCCGUUUUUAGCAGCUCAAAUGAUGUCAACGACGACGAUUCGGAAGCAGCACUCAUGGAGGUUCUCCCAGAGAGAAAGGAUGGAAAGUCGUUGUUUGUGGACAAAAGUUUCAACGAAUAUACUCAGAUCAAAACCACCAAUGAAGGUAAAAGAACCGCAGUAAGAGUUCCAGAUGUGUCGUCGUACCCCGAGACAGGGAGUGAGCCCGAGCACAACUCACAGACAGAAAGGUGGAUUUUUUCCGCGUGUGGAGAAGAUGCACCAGUGGACAGGUUGUGCUCAAUGGUGGUGGAGUUGGUUGAAAAAUAUCCACAUUUGGAUGAGAACGACGUGAUGGAGAAAAUCAGCGAGUAUAGCCGAGAGUACGAGGAGCUCAGUACGGGAAUGCGGCAGUAUCGAGCCACAAUUGACGAGCAAAGGCGACGGUUGAAGGCAUAUAAUAGUGGGACUUUGGAGCAGCAGAACACCAGCGAUGAGAUCGAUAUAGACGAGUUGAUACGCAACGAGGAGGAAGCGAUUGAAAAGUUGGAGCAACAGCUCACGCAAGAGUUUGUGAGGAGGGAGUGA